AGCAUCAAACAAAGGCACAAAUGGGCGUUACAACAAUGUUGUUGAUAUUGAAAUGAAAGCUUGUGAGAUGGCUAGGAAAUUUGGCAUGGAAAUCAAUACAAGUGUACUAAACCAUUGCAAUCAAACAUUCUAUUGUCCGAGGGAGAGAUUCACUUGUGUGAUGAAAAACUGGACUGUGAAUUACAACUUCAACAACGUACCUGCUCUUCCUUAUGGCGAAUACAGAUUGGAGAUGUCGUUCAUUAAGAUGCAUCAAUAUAAUAGAAAAGAGCUGAUAUCAUGUACAAGAUAUUAUGGGAUAAUUACUCCAAAAAUGCCUAAAUCUCCAAAGAAAACUCAGCAGAGUAAUCGCAUGACGAAUGCUUCAUCACUUAUUACACCAUAAGAUUCACUGUUUCGCAAUAGAAUAAAUUUCACUCUCAAAUAAAGAAUGCUU